UUGUUUCUUAUCAUUGCAUCUGAUCUGGAGAUUAAUGAAUAUUAUCUUCAUAUUUUUCUUCAAAGGGCUGUGAUGGGUACGGCACCUGAUGUGGGACAGUUUAUGGCCUUGCUUUUAAAGGCAAUCAACGCGAAAAAGACGAUUGAAAUUGGAGUGUUUACUGGAUAUUCCCUUCUCGUAACUGCCCUCACAAUUCCAGAUGAUGGAAAGAUCACGGCCAUAGACAUGAACCGAAGCUCGUACCUGAUUGGAUUACCUAUCAUCGAGAAGGCCGGGGUGGAGCACAAGAUCAAUUUUAUCGAGUCCGAGGCUCUUCCGGCUCUUGAUCAGUUGCUGAAAGAUCCUGAGAAUAAGGGGACGUUCGACUUUGCGUUUGUUGAUGCUGAUAAAGCCAACUAUGCAAAUUACCAUGAGAGAGCGUUGGAGCUUCUGAAACCGGGAGGUAUAGCUGUUUACGAUAACACCCUUUGGGCAGGGACGGUGGCGAUGGAUGAGGGUUCGGUUCCGGAGAGCAAGCUGGCGACGAGGAAAGAUUCGAUAGAGUUUAACAAGUACAUUGCAGGUGACGCUAGAGUGCAAAUCUCUCAAGUCCCUCUUGGUGAUGGGAUCACUAUCUGUCGCCGCAACUGAAAUUCUUCAUCUUUUGGAUGAUGCUCCUCAUCAAGCAUUUCAAUAUGUCGGAAUAAAUUGUUAAGUUGGAUGCUCUGCAAAUUAUUAUAUGAUAUGAUAUGAUAUGAUAUGGUUUUGUUGCAUUCCCUCUAAUUUUGGUGUGGUUUGAGUCUGUAAAAUGAAUAUAUAUGAUUCAUUGGGUGCACCUAUGCAUCUAAGUUUGGAUCAUUGCAAGUUUGUGGUUUAGUUUGGUGUGAUUUGACAUCAAAACUGAAAUAAAUUGUAAGCUAUAUACGAUUUAGUGAUUAAUUUUGUGAAAUCAAA